UUGGUGGAGCGGCAACAACAGCUACCCCGUGGCACUAUCCGAGUUAUGGUUCAGCCCCGACUGGUGUGGGCGGGUAUAGAUACUGCUUGACAUGGACGACCUGGAGUUUGCCCAAAUCGCGCUGGAGCGUGUAGGGGAUAUUGCGGCGUCGGUUGGGGCACAACUUCGGCGGAAUGGGGCAGGCUGUCUCGGUGCGACACUGGUGAUUAUUGCAGACAAUAUCGAGUCCGCUGAUAUAGAGAGGAAGUCCAAACUACGACGACGCGUCCCUAGGCUCGUGAAGGACUUGGAGACGAUCUGCAAUCUACCACAUCCAAGGGUCGGGUAUCACGCAUAUCUCGACAUGCUAGUGACUGAAUAUAUAGGUUCGGAUGAAUACAAAAAGGCGGAGGCACAAAUUCGACAAGGCGUUGCGAGAUUCAAAUCAAGACAGUCUGCGAAGCCCGCCAUUACGCAUUUAUCGCAGUUCUUGGAGAGCGCUGAUGGCAAGAACAAGCGUCCCAUAGGCAAUGAGGACUUACAUGCUCCGCCGAGGAAGAAGACUCUGCCUGCAGAUGACGCCCGGGGGGCUCAUUCCGUGGCGCAUAUGACGCUGCGAGAGCACAUCUGCUGCACCUGUAACGGCGCGCCUGGACAGACCAGCUCUGGGGAGCAUCUAGUUAGGCUCCUGUUGCAACCGCCCUCCACGGAACCGGACAGCAAGGACAACGAAGCGGAGUAUAACCUUCUCGUCUCGUCCGCGCCUGUUGUCGAAUCCAGCUUUGGUCUUUGGCAGGACGUCCAGCUGCUUGUGCCUUGGGCCCGGAGGAGGGUACAGAGACGCGUCCAAUUUUCAGAUUCUCAUUGCUCUGACGAUGGAAGCCAUUGCAAACUCAGGACGACGCGGGUCGAUCGUGGACAGCUCUGCAGACUCAUCAGUCUAGAAGCAGCUUCGCGUCUCUGCUUGACCAUUACGAAUGGCGAGCUCUACGAAGCUGGAUUUGCGCCCCUUCAAUGCAUAGUGGACCGCGUCCCGGGUAUUUCACUUGCCGAGAUACUGUCUCGUUAUCGUUUGACACCAAGGAUGAAAGGCGCGCUGGCGUAUAUCCUGGCGUACUCGGUUUGGCAAUACUACGACUCGGACUGGAUGAGCACAAAGUGGACAAGCGACACUGUUCACUUCAUGAAGGAGACACCUUCGGCUGAUACUUCAGAAUCUGCGAGCGGGAUAUAUCCAUGGAAGCCGUAUAUCUCCGUCCACUUCGGCGAGGGGAGUAUAGGCGCACGGCCUGGCGAGUUCAGCAACACACCGGGAGAGAUCCACCGCUUCACAAGAGUCAAAAGCCUUGGUAUCAUGCUGGUUGAAAUCGGGAUCGGCCGCCCACUCAGAGGAGCUCUCGAAGAGCGCCACUGCGAACAGUCGCCAGCAGCGAGGGAAAACGCGGACCUCCUGCUCGCCGUCGAGCAUUCCAAGAACCGCAGGUUGUGGGGAGACUGCGAGUACCAUGAUUACCUGACUGCAGUGUGCAAUUGUCUGGAUCCGCAAUUAUUUAGACUUGCGUCGCCACCCGAUGAACAAGCCUGGAAUGACAGCCUGGAACAGCGCAGAACAAUACUGUACGAGGAAGUCGUAUCCCCCUUGCAUAGGCUGCUCCAGGGAACAAGGUGGCUAGAGGACAUAACAACGAUUGAGCCCCUGCAAAUUGGCUUCAAGGCCCGCCCUGUGAAAGAGACUGAACCUUUCAAGUCCGGAGCGCCUGCAAGUCCAGCCGUCUGUACAACAACUAGGCUAACGCAAAGCCAGAAGAACGCCCACUCAUGGCUAUCCAGGAUGGAGAAUUUGACGAGCGGCCUGUAUGAAGCACGAUUGCAGCGGCGACGCGUGCGAAUUGCGGUUCUUGAUACUGGUUGUGACGACAACGCACCGUUUUUCUUCGAGGAUAACAACGGAGACCGACUCAAGGAAUGGAAGGAUUGGACAGGUGGGGGUAAUUCUUUUGAGGAUUGCCACGGUCAUGGAACUCACUUAGUAUCACUUAUCAUGCGAAUUGCGCCAGAAGCACAUAUUUACGUGGCCCGGGUAGCUAGAAGGCCGAAUGAACUGCUUGCGGCAAGCAAGAAUGUUGCAGAGGUAUGUUUUCUCAUCUUUUUUGUAAUAUUCCACUGCCAGAUGGCCCAGCCUAACAUUCUAAAGGCCUUAACCCAUGCCAGCACGGUAUGGAAAGCAGAUAUCAUUUCCAUGUCCUUCGGCUAUGCGGACGAGCAGCAUGAUAUCCGUCAAGCUAUCCGACAGACCUUGAAUGAUCGAGAUGGUCGUAUUCUCCUCUUCGCCGCAGCGUCUAAUCUUGGGGCAAACGACAGGGAGAUGUUUCCUGCCAGACACGAAGGGGUGAUUUCCAUACGCGGCACCAACUUCUUUGGCACAUUCCAUGAUUUCAACCCACCUCGGAACCCUCACGAGGGAGCGGUUCUGGGUACAUUGGGCUUGGAUGUCCCCGCCGCGGGUCUGAGCGACGUUGAUGACGAGGUAUAUAGAUCAGGCACAUCUGUCGCCACGGCUGUUGCCGCAGGUAUGGCUGGAGUUUUGCUGGGCUAUAUUUACGGUAGAUCUGGAGACAUACAGGCGGUUGACAGAGUACGCGAGAAACUGCAGUCUCGCAGUGGGAUGCAAGCCUUGUUCAGGGCCCUUGCUACCUCAUCUAUGAACGAGCACUAUCUUUAUGUGACUUUGUGGGAACUCGAGAACAUGUCUCAUGAUGAACGGUGGUAUUUUAUCCAACGCGCCAUGUCCGCUGUCUGAACCAGCUCGAAUAGACCUGUUAUGUGCAGAAUCA